AUCGAGCGAUCGAGCGAUUACCUACGUACCUAUAUAGAGGUACCUUUCACAUCAAUUGCUGAUCCGAGAAGAUUACAAAUUUAUUAUGUAGAUAUCUACCUAUGUAGGCACGAAUUCAAGAAUCUGAAGAACGAUCAUUUUCAAACACUGCCUAAUAUGCCUACCCCUACUUAAGGUAGGUAUGCGAUUUGGGAUGUGCAUUCCUUUAUCACGUUUGAUAAUCUUCUCCAGUCUUCUCGACGAUUAUUAAUGAACACUUGAACAGUUGAUAACAAAUAAUUCGAUACGUCUGCAUAAGCCAAGUACGCCAGUGCCAGUACGACUACGAACGAGUAAAUAAUACCUACUACUUAUAUGUACGAGUACCUACGUACGUAGAUCAUCGAAGACUAUAAAGUAUGGCUGGCACGAAUGUGGCAGUGAUCGGUGGCGGUAUCACAGCAGCGUUGAUCGGAUAUCUGUCCAGACAUUUGACUGUAAAUUUAGAUCUAUGGGAGUCGGAUGCGCAGCUGGGUGGCAGAAUGAAAACCGUGAAAUGCGAUCGGUUGGCUAGUUACGUAGAUAUAGGAGCGCAGUACAUCACCACAUCAGCCGAAACUGCUAACAGCAGCCAGAUCUAUUCUUCGUUGCUGGAAUCAUGUAAAAUAAAAAUCUUCACCGGCGACAUAAUCAACAUGAGACGGUCGUCGGACGACGCUAUUAAUUAUGUCGCACCCGAAGGAAUGGACUCUCUAGCGCAUCAUUUCGUAAAUUUGUCGAAUUUCCGUAAUAUUUACUUAUCGCGACCGAUCCAACAAUUGGAUAUUAACCAAGAUCGCGUAGAAAUAACCGACGCCGAAGGACGAACGGAAAUCUACCAUGGUGUUAUUCUCACGUUACCGGUACCUGUGAUUUUAAAUUUGGAAGGAAAUUUCAAAAAAGCCAUAUCAGGCGAAACGUACGAAGCUUUGAAAAAAGUCGAAUACAGUUGUCGCGAUUGUCUGGCGAUGUUUUUCAACGAUACUCUACCUGAGAGUUGGGCCGCCAAAUAUUUACCCGACGAUAGCGUUUUCAAGUACGUGUCGAUUCAAGAAAAUAAAAUCGGCUCGUCUUCGAAUUCCAAAUCGUCCGUCGUAUUUCAUUCGUCGAUUCAGUUCGGCCAAAAAUAUAAAACCUCCAGCGACGAUAUAACCAAGUCCAUUUUGAUCGAACACGCUCGACGAUUAUUCCCAACGUUUCCCGAUCCGAUCGAAAUUCAACAUUAUAAGUGGAAUUACUCGCAAGUCCUGAAACCGUAUCGGAAUAGUCCGAAAAGCGUCUCAGUUCACGAAAAACCUCUCAUCGUCGUAGCCGGAGACGCGUUCGCAGCUUCUAAUUUCGAUGGCUGCGUCAGCUCGGCAGAAUCAGUCGCCGAUACUCUGAAGAAUGUUUUCGAUAAUAAAUUAUAAGUCUCGAGAUUUCUUGUACGCGUCUGAAAAACUUCUAUUAAACCAUAAUAUUGCGGUA